UUGAUAUGUGAGUGUGUGUGUUUCCCAGUUCAGUUAGAAAGUGCAUCACAGAGGGAGAGUUUUGAUGAACCCCGCUGCUGUGUAGGAGCACAGGACUGAUAUUGUACCAGUUUCUGAGGACGACUCUUGGCUGCAGCAGCAGUUGGCAGAGAAGUAUUUCUGACCUUUCCAUCCUCAUUAGGACACCAGCGGUGUCAAAAGUCACGAGACUGAAAUGUGUGACCGUAAAGAAAAAGAACACAAGCAUGAAAAGACUGUCGGCUCAAAAUCUCAGCAAAUGAAGCACCAUCAUCAGAAUCAAGGACAUGGUCAUCGCCACUACCACCAUCAGUCGGAUGACAAUGAUAGUCAUGACACCUAUUCAACAGCAGAGGACAGCAUCCUCCGUGAUCAUCACCGCAACCAUCAACGUCAGAAUGAUAAUGACAACAAUCACCCAUCUCACUCUCACCAUUACCACCGCAAGCAAAACCAUCAUCGUGUUUCUAUUUCAGACACUUCCUCAACUUCCUCAACUGGUUCCUAUUCAUCCUCUUCUUCUUCCUCUUUAUCAACACCCUCCUCCUCUUCUUCUUCUACCGCCUCUUCUUUUUCUUCCUCUUCUGCAACAUCUACCUCUUCUUCUAGCCUGUCCUCUGACAGCAGCAGUGAGAGUUUAGAUAGAUAUUCUCUUAGGAAGCCCCGGCAUUCACGGUCUUGUACUGACAUUUCUGGAAAACAGAAAUACUUGGAAGAAGGAGAAGACACAGCCCCGCUGAUACAUAAAAGAGCAAGCAGGUCAUCUGCCAAAGAGAAACAAGUGAAAGGAAAGGCCUCUCACAGUGGCGCAACCCUGGGAUCAACCUUGAAGAGCACAAAGAGGAUUACGAGAGGCGCGGGAAAUGAUGGAAGUUUCCGCAAAGCCAAAUCAAUGGAGGCUCUCAGCACACCCAAAGAAGUGCAUGGAAAUGAGGACGAAGUGGAGCAGGAGAGGAGGAAAACUGAAGCCAAGAAGAAUUUAAUGAAAGAAAAAAUGAAAUUUUCUACCUUCCUUAAUGAGAUCACUCGGCAGGUACUCAGCCCAAUGAGACUCACCACUCUUGGUGUUACAGAUGUUCAAAGACCCUGUAGUCCAGGGCAGACCUCUCUUAGAUCCAGGACGGCAGACAGCUGCACUGAGAAACCCAGACAGCUGCGAAGUCGGCCUACCAGUGUAGACUCAAUUAACUCCAGCCGGCACUCCCGUACAAGCAACCGUUCCCACUCUGCUCGGCUUUCUCACUCAAGAAGUUUCCACCAUCACAAUCGGCAUACUUCAGAAUCACCCCAUCACAUGUAUCACAGGCCUAAAAGUUGCAAUGACAUCAGCUGUUUACAUAGACGUCACUCAUCUUCUCAAACUUCUCAGCAUUGCUCCCAGUCACCUUCCUGUAAUCACUGCCACCACCAUCACCAAGGAGACCACCGCACCUCUGGUCACCAUCAUCGUCACCUUGAAGACAGCAACAGCCCAAGUCAUCACCAUCACCACAGGGAUCACCAUACACCAAGUCAUCACCAUCUCCACAGACACCACCACAGUCCUGUCUAUCAACAAGGAGAUCACUUUGGAGGCCACCACAACACACCACAUCAUCAUAACUACGGAGACCAUCAUCACAGAGACUGCUACAGCCCAACUCAUCACCAUGGUGAACACCACAGUUCAACUCAGCAUCAUCACCAUGGAGACCACCAUGGUCAUGCUCAUCACCAUCACCACAGAGACAACCAUGGCCAUGCUCAUCACUGUCACCAUGGAGACCACCAUAAUCCAACUCAUCAUCAAGAUGGUUACCACGCUACACCACAUCACCAUGGAAAUAACCAGAGUUCAGGUCACCACCACGGUAGCAACCCAAAUUCAUGCCCUACAACACCACAUCACCAUGGUCACCACACCCUAACCAGUGAUAACGGAGAUCACCCUAGCCCAAAACAUCUGCAUCACCAUGUAGACCACCACAGUGAACCUCAUCUGCAUCACCAUGUAGACCACCACAGUGAACCUCAUCAGCAUCACCAUGGAGACCACCAAAGUCCAGGCCAACACCAUCCCCAAGAAGACCACCAUACCGAAGCUCAUCAGCAUAACCAUGGUGACCACCGUAAUGAAUCUCAUCGUCAUGGAGACCACCACAAUGAAUCUCACCAUCACCAUGGAGACCAACAUGCUGAGGCUCAUGAGCAUCACCAUGGAGAUCACCAUAGUGAAUCUCAUCAGCAUCACUAUGGAGACCACCACAGUCCAGGUUAUCAGCAUCACCAUGGAGACCACCAUGGAGACCACCACAGUGACGCUCAUGAACAUCACCAUGGAGACCACUAUAGUCCUGCCCAUCACCAUCACCAUAGUGACCACCACAGCAAAACUAAUGAACAUCACCAUGGAGACCACCACAGUCCUGGCCAUCACCAUCACCAUGGUGACCACCACAGCAAAGCUAAUGAACAUCACCAUAGUGACCACCACAGCAAAGCUAAUGAACAUCACCAUAGUGACCACCAGAGCAAAGCUAAUGAACAUCACCAUAGUGACCACCACAUCAAAGCUAAUGAACAUCACCAUAGUGACCACCACAUCAAAGCUAAUGAACAUCACCAUAGUGACAACCACAGCAAAGCUAAUGAACAUCUCCAUGGAGACCACCACAGUCCUGGCCAUCACCAUCACCAUGGAGACCACCACAGUCCUGGCCAUCACCAUCACCAUGGAGACCACCACAGUUCAGUCCAUUUGCAUCACCAUGGAGACCAUCACAGUUCAGGCCAUCUGCAUCACCAUGGAGAAAAUGUUAAUACAAGUCAUCACCAUGGACAUCACCCUGAAUCACAUCUCAACCAAUCCCACUCCAAAGAUAAUCUUCUUGACCAUGAUAGCCUCGAUGACCACCACACUCAUUUAAAGGGGCAUUCUGCUGGCAGUUCACCAUCACACAGGCAGCGAGAGUCACUUCACAGAAAGCCGGAUUCCCCCAGGAACACUAGCAGCCCCUCCAGUCAGGAUGAGGAGCGGACAAGCUUCCUCAGCCCAUCAUCACAUAAAGAUAAAGCACAUGAGCUGGGUAGAAUCAUGAUACUACAGGAGCAAAAUGAAGGUCUGCACCAAAGUUUGCUGAAGACAGCAGUGAGGAUGGAGUGUCUAGGAGAGGAAUUCAUGAGCAGCCAAAAGCUGUUGGAGGCAGAACUUCAGAGGACACGCUUGGAGCUCAGCAACCUCACAGAGAGGUUUAAAAGACUACAUGAUAACUACUCCUCCACACAACAGACCAAUAAUCUUCUAGAGCAAAAGCUUCACUCAGUGGCUCAGAAUAUGGAAGGAGAACGCGAGAGAUUGAACCAGCGUAUUUCAGAGCUGACUAAGCAGCUCUCUGCUACAAAAUUUGCCAACGACAUGGAUGCAUUCAAUGUAACAUCAGUGCCACCUGAAACCAACCUUCCUUUUCAACCAGAUGAUGCCAUUGAUCAGAUGGUUCUCCCCAUCGCUCCCCCUCCGGCUGAGUUCAUGGACAGCCAUAACUGUGGAAAGGCCAAAGCCACCGGACAGGAGCAACUUCUGGGUUCGGUUCCAGAGGAGGAGGAAUCUGACUGGUCAGAGAUGGGAGAGGAGACUCCACGGUUAAUACUAACCGGAUCAAGUAGAGGUCAAACAUGGAGACACCAGGAAGGAGACCUGGACAAAGACAGUGAGUCAGGAGGCGAGGAAAUCAUCAGACGACACUCUCCACGCCUAAUGCAGAUACCUCAUCUGCAGUUCACCAUCCACAAUGAGAUUUUAUCAGCAUCCCACACUAAUUCCUGCCCUUCUGGUUUCAAGAAUCUGUCUGAUAGCUUGAAGGGAGAGGGAAGUUACAGGAUCACAACAAGUCCAAGCCUUGGGUCUGCCAUCCUGAUCCGGUCAGCCAGCCUGGAGGAAAUCCCUCUGGCACGGAAUCACAUGCAGAAAGAGCUGAGAGGCACAGAGGCCAUGAUGAACCUGCACCACCCAGGAGACGACGCUAUCGAGGAUUUAGAUAAUGAGAUCAUUCAUCACUGGAGAACGAGCAACAACAGGGACAGCAGGGCUUCAGAGUCAGACAACAGCCUGGCCAGCCUGCAGUCAGCCGAGCAGAUGCUCAACCACUUCAUGUGUGAUCCUCAGUCCAGUGAAGGAAGAGAGGAAGGCAGGGCUGAGGUGCACGGAUGGACAGGAGGGCUUCCAGAUGAGGUGUUGAAAGAUGAGCGAACAAAGCUGUGACAGCAACAUGAAUGCAGUUUACUGUGUCUGAAAGCAUAAUUUAAGUUGAUCUUUAUUCAUUGUGGAAGGCUAAUUAAAGCUGUUUUCAAUUGCUCAUUGGUUCUGCUCUGCUACCAUGUGCUUGAGGGGACUUAAAAAUUAAACCAUAAUUUACUGUAUUUACUUUGAUAUCCUGACAUUAACACCUUUCAAACAACGCAGUGCGCUCCCUAUACUAAUUUAACCAAUGAUAUGUGAUUAUUAUAGCAGACACAUGCUUAGAGUAAUUGGAGGCAGAUGAAUUAAAUAUAUAUGUACUUUUAAACACACCUUAGAUUUGUUCAUUUAAUGCUAAAAUGUGUAUUUCUGUUGUAUAGAUGCAUAUAUAAGUAGAUAUAGUUCCUGUUUUCUCAUCUGAGGAAAAUACAAAAAAAUUAUUUGUUUGUGUUGCUGCGAGAGGCAUUAUUAAUUCAUGUAAGUUGUACUUUUCCUUAAGUAGCCACAGUUAUGCACACCAAAUGCAUUAUCUGAUGCUUUAAAUUGUAAGUGCUCUAAAAAUGUAAAUGUAACUAAAUAUAUAUUUUUUUCCUGUCAGUUGAUGUUCCUGUUGUAAAAAGUAUAUAUAGUAGACAUAUAUAACAUAAAGCAUACUUACAGAUACAGUUCUAAAAUAAAUUUGUCUAUAUACAAAAGCAUUAUCUUAUAUUAUGUAAGUCUUUUCCCUCUUGUUGCAAUAAUUUGGCAAACCAAAUGUGUACAACUAAACAAAUGCAUGUAAAUCUGUCCAUAUAACAGCUAAUAAACCAACAUAAGAAACAGUGAAACAUUGUUUUAACUGUAUACAUUUGUUUUUAUUUUUGAUUAUGUUCUCUCAAGAAGGUACAGAUAGAUAGAUGGGUCUAGGAAUGCUUUGCUGUAAAUUCAAUGAUGUAGUAUAGGUUCUUUAAAUGUAGGGUGAAUGACAGAGGACAUUAUAGAAAGUGGAGAAGAUUCUGUGGUGAACUAAACUUACAUACCCUGUGACACAUGGCUUUGUGAUGACACACCGUUUGUUCAACAAACAGAACUGACAGAGUCAGAAAGUCUGAGUCCAUCUCCUUAAAGGAGAACUGUGACAGUCAGUGGGCAGGUGUCUAGGACCUACUGUUAUCCAGGGUCAGUGCAGUGGUUGCGGGGUCACAAGAGAUGGCUACCCAUUUAUACAUGUAUUGUAUGGAACUGGACAAUGAACAGAAACAAAUAUUUGCAGUUACAUAUUUUGAAUAAAAUAAACUGGAUUCAUGUAUAUGUGGGUCCCAGUUUGGAUAGACAUGAAAUGUUGUGCAGACAUUCAUGAUGCCCAGAGGAUGAAUCUUAAUAAUGAUAAUGAUGAUGACUUUUGGUAUUGAGAUCUGUAGACUCCAGCAACAUCUGAAUGGAUUAAGUUAUAGAAUUCUAUUAUAUAAUUACAUUGACUUUCAAUUAUACAUACUUAAUAUUGGUUUCUGUCUGUUGGUGUUGUGUGUCCAUAUGCAGAGUCCAAGUCAAUUUUAAAUGGGUAAUAAAGUAUUUAAUCUAAUCUGA